AGUGCGGCUGACAGACACACGGGGAUUAGGGCGGAGCUUAGCAGAAGGAGUGAGCGAAGCCAAAGCCGGUGUUCCCGGAGCAGCCCCGGGGAGAUGAGCAGGCUGAGCGCGCCGGGGGAUGGUGCAGCGCUAUGAAUAUACAUGGGGGUCAUGGCACGACCGAGGACAGCGAGCCUCCUCCCGGGAUGAGCGAUGACAUGGAGGGCAAUCAUACCAGCUGCAGGAAGAGAGGAGCACCGAGCAUCCCUCCGCCGUGCUACCCGCUCCUCCCCGGGACACACAGCUUCACCGAGGACGCUUCAUGGAGCCGAUCAUCUCCCGGAGAGAUACCGAGCCCAGAGCCCCGCACCUCCCCGUCCUCUCGCCCCAUGCUGGCCGCUGUCUUCGUCUUAUUGCUCCUCUCUGUGUAUCCUCUAUGGCGGCAGCAGCGGGGUCAGUCUGAAGGAGCCCCGGGAGGGCAGAUCAGCCUCACCGUCCUCAUCCUGACCAUCGCCGUCUACCUGGGCUGUGCCCUGUGUGCCCUGAUCAUCGCAUCAUUGUGUGCCCUCUACUGGACCGCCAGAUCUACCCCACCACCGGACUUCACCCGGGCCAGGACCCCCCGACAGAGUAUGCAGCCGGUGAAUGUACAUGAACCAGUCCAUCUUCGAAGAGUGGUUAUAUGUCACAGCAUGGAUAAAGCUCUAAAGGAAGUGUUUGACUACAGUUAUCGGGACUACGUUCUGUCAUGGUAUGGAGAUCUCAGCAAGGAUGAUGGUCAGUUAUAUCAUCUGCUUCUAGAUGACUUUUGGGAAUUGGCAAGACAACUUCGAUGUCGGUUCGCUCACAUUGAUAUUGUCAAGGUGGUCUGCAAUGAUGUUGUGAAGAAUCUGCUUACGCAUUUCUGUGACCUCAAGGCUGCAAACACUAGACAGGAUGAACAGCCAAGACCCUUUGCCCUUCAUCCCUGUCUAAAAACCACAGAAGAGGAGCUCAGAUUCCUACAGACGUGUGCCCAGGUGCUAGUGCUCUGUUUAGUGCCCGCUCGGGAUGCUCAGUCUCGCAGCCUGCGCAUAGUGCUUUCUGAAAUACUUGCAACUAAAGUGCUGAAGCCCUUGGUGGAACUGCUGAGUGAUCCGGAUUACAUUAAUCAGAUGCUGCUCAGCCAGCUGGAGUACAGAGAACAGGUGAAUGAGCGUCACAAGAAGACCUAUACAUACGCCCCAUCUUAUGAGGAGUUUGUCAAGCUGAUCACGAACAGUUCUGACAUUGAAUUCCUCAAACAGCUAAGGUAUCAAAUUGUUGUGGAAAUCAUUCAAGCAACUACAAUUGGAAGCUUUCCCCAGAUGAAGAGGCAUAAAGAUUCUAAAGGCAAAGAGACUGCAGCAAUGAAAGCUGACCUCCUGCGGGCUCGUAAUAUGAAAAGGUACAUCAAUCAGCUGACUGUUGCCAAGAAGCAGUGUGAGAAAAGGAUCAAACUUCUUGGGGGUCCAGCAUAUGACCAGCAGGAUGAUGGGACCUCAGAUGAUUCAGAUUGCCCACAGAGCCAGAAGAUUAUUCAGUUUGAUGACAUUUUGUCAAACUCCUCAUUCAGAGAACAUUUUAGAACAUAUAUGGAAAAAAUUGAUAUGAGAGCGCUAAUCAGUUUUUGGGAAUCAGUGGAGUACUUGAAGAAUGCAAAUAAGUCUGAAAUACCUCAAUUAGUUGGUGAAAUUUACCAGAAUUUCUUUGUUGAAAGUAAAGAAAUACAAGUAGAAAAGCCACUUUACAAAGAAAUCCAGCAGAGUCUUGUGGGCAACAAAGGGAUUGAGGUGUUCAGCAAAGUCCAAGCUGAUGUCUAUGAGACAUUGAAGGACAGGUUCUACCCCUCAUUCAUCGUCAGUGACCUCUAUGAGCAGCUGAUUCGGCAAGAAGAUACGUCGUCCUGUUUGUGUGUCUCCGAUGACAAGGAUGAAGCAAAUCUAGUGUGUGAAGGUGUGGAAGAGAUCCUCGAUGAGUGCAGUAGUGGUAUCACUGAACAGGCCAGUUAUGCUGUCAAUAAACUGCGGCAGCUCACAGAGAAACUGGAGUACAAGAGACAAGCCCUUAGCUCUAUCAUCAAUGCACCUAAGCCUGACAAAAAGAUUGUUUCCAAGUUAAAGGAUGAAAUCGCUCAAAUGGAGAAAGAGCAGAGCGACCUGGACCUUCAUAUUUCAAGGACAGAUCUGUGGUGUGAAAACCUUGGCAUGUGGCGAGCACUGAUUAACAUCAGUGAGGUGUCUGAGGAAAAUGGUGAGCAGAUGCCACUGUAUUUCGUGUUGGUGAGUUUGCCAGAGUCUAAUGAUUCAGAUAGCAGGAACUGGACUGUACUGAGGAGGUUAAGCGAAUUUCAAAAUCUGCACAGGAAGCUCAGUGAGUGUUUCCCUUCCUUGAAGAAAGUACAGUUGCCUUCUCUCAGUAAGAUUCCGUUCAAAUCUGUAGACCAGAAAUUUCUAGAAAAAUCAAAAGCACAGUUAAAUAAUUUCUUGCAGAAGCUGCUUUCUGAUGAGAGAUUAUAUCAGAGUGAGGUGCUCUAUGCCUUCCUGAGCCCGUCUCCUGAGCACCUCAAAGUCAUAGAUGUCCAGGGCAAAAAAUCUUCCUUCUCACUUGCCUCAUUUUUGGAAAGACUUCCUGGGGAAUUCUUCUCUCACCAAGAGGAUGAAACGGAGGAAGACAGCGACUUAUCUGAUUAUGGGGAUGAUCUCGAUGGGAAGAAGGAUGCCUUGGCCGAGCCAUGCUUCAUGCUGAUUGUUGAGAUUUUUGAGUUGCGAGGAAUGUUUAAGUGGGUGAGAAAGACACUCAUUGCACUGGUACAAAUUACAUUCGGAAGAACCAUAAACAAACAGAUCCGGGACACGGUGAAUUGGAUUUUCAGUGAGCAGAUGCUAGUUUACUAUAUCAAUGUAUUCCGAGAUGCAUUCUGGCCAAAUGGAAAAUUAGCACCUCCAAAAACCUCGAGAACAGAGCUGCAGUGUCAGGAAACAAAGCAGAAAGCACAGCAAAAACUACUUGAAAACAUCCCUGAUGCUCUUCAGAACUUGGUUGGACAGCAGAAUGCACGUCAUGGCAUAAUCAAGAUAUUUAAUGCACUUCAAGAAAACAGAGCUAAUAAGCAUCUACUUUAUGUACUGAUGGAAGUCUGUCUGCUAGAGCUAUGUCCAGAACUGAGAAGCCACUUAGAACAGUUGAAAGCCGGACCAGCCUGCAACAGCACAAAGUGAACCACUACUUCGAAUGUCUGUGUAACAAUAGACAUGCUAAUUAUUUUCCUCUUUUCCAUAGAGGGCUGACUGAGGACUACUUGCGCUCCUGUGUCUUUUUCCCCCUUCUUUAUUUUAUGUAAAAUAUACAGGUUGGGGAAGCCGUUGCUGUAGUGUAGAAUGAGAAGGUAAUGCUGCACCACUUUUUACUCAAAAACUAAGAAAAAAAAAACCCAUAAAAAUGUAAUUUGGUUACUGGCUUCUGGAUCAUGAGAUGAGGCACUAAGGACAGGGGGCAUCUUUUAUCCAGUUCAGUGCCACGUGGGACCGUUAAGGCGCUGGACGUACUCGACAUUCAAAGAGCAGACAUUUCGUAAGAUAGUGUUAAAUAAUUGAAUGUUGUACAGAUCAUUUCCUCAUUGAGGAUCCUGAACAUUCCUUUAUUAUUUCCGGUGUAUUGAAGAAUGUUUUGUGCAAUACUUUACGUAAUGUUAUUGUGAAUAUUUUAUUCUUUAUUGCUUUUAUUUUUACCAAAGACUGCCCAUUAUUUAAAAUAUUUGUAAGCAAUAAAUACAAAAAUUUAU